AUGCCUUCACGACCGAAUUUCCUUGUGAUUGUCGCCGACGACCUGGGCUUCUCAGACGCCGGCUGCUUUGGCGGCGAGAUCAAAACGCCGCACAUCGACAGCAUCGCUAGCGAUGGAGGCGUGCGGUUCACGGAUUUCCAUGCGGCCGCUGCCUGCUCUCCCACGCGUUCGAUGCUACUUUCAGGCACUGAUAACCACAUUGCUGGCCUGGGGAAUAUGAACGAGAACCAGACAGAGUUCCAACGCGGCAAGCCUGGGUACGAAGGGUACUUGAACAACCGAGUGGUUGCCCUGUCGGAACUCUUGCAGGAUGCAGGAUAUCAAACCCUGAUGGCUGGUAAAUGGCACUUGGGGCUUGAUCCAGAUCACACGCCUCAUGCACGCGGCUUCGAUCGAUCAUAUUCUCUGCUUCCAGGAGCAGCAAAUCACUAUGGCUGGGAACCGCAGCUCCAGAAUCCAGACGAGAAGGCUCCCGGCUUGAUGUCACAUAUCCCGAGCAUCUACGUAGAAGAUGACAGGCGCAUCGAGCCAAGGGACCUGGGGGAGAACUUCUACUCCAGCAUUGCCUUUACGGACAAGCUGAUCGAGUAUCUCAGGGGGAAAGAUGCAGAGAGGCCCUUCUUUGCUUAUCUUCCCUUCUCAGCGCCACACUGGCCGCUGCAGGCGCCCCAAAAGGAUAUAGAUAGCUACCGGGGCAUUUAUGACGGAGGCCCAGAAAUUCUUCGCCAAAAACGCCUUCGCAAGCUUGAAGAGCUUGGGUUGAUACCAGAGGGCACCGCGCCUCAUGACGUGGUCGUCAUGGGGAACCGUACCAUGUCCAAGUUCUGGCAGGAUCUUACCCCUGAGGAGCGCCGGUUCUCGUCUCGAUGCAUGGAAGUGUACGCUGCGAUGGUCCAGUGCAUGGACACGCAGAUUGGCCGCGUCCUGGACCAGCUCCGUCAGUCCGGAGACAUGGACAAUACCUUUAUCAUCUUUAUGUCUGACAAUGGCGCGGAGGGAGCGCUUCUGGAAGCCCUGCCAGUUGUGCAGAACAAUAUAUUUGAGCAUAUAGACCAGUACUACGACAACUCCAUCGACAACCUGGGCGCAUACAAUUCCUUUAUAUGGUACGGACCUCACUGGGCGUCUGCAGCCACUGCUCCGUCCCGGCUGUAUAAGAUGUUUACCAGCGAAGGCGGCAUCCGGGUGCCAUUAAUUCUCAACUAUCCUCCUCUUACGGCUGGGAAAGAUGGGAUAGAUCAUACAUUUGGCACCGUUAUGGAUAUUGCUCCCACAAUCCUCGAUCUGGCGGGCAUUAAGCACCCAGCCCCAACUUACAGAUCCAAGCCGAUUUACCCUAUGCGAGGCUCAUCUUGGCUACCAUAUCUCAGGGGAGACCGGAAGCACAUCCACGAUGAGAACCAUGUUACCGGCUGGGAGCUCUUUGGCCGCCAGGCAGUGCGCCAGGGAGACUGGAAGGCGCUGUAUAUCCCAAAACCAGCCGGCCCCGGGAAAUGGCAGCUAUACAAGCUAAGUGAAGAUCCAGGCGAGACGAAGGACCUGGGAGAUCUAUUCCCAGACAAACUGGCUGCCCUCGUCGCCGAGUGGGAUAAAUAUGAAAAGGAUGUAGGCGUCAUUGGAGCAAUGCAGUACGGAGUGCUGGGUGUAGAAGACCCGAUCCAGCAGUGGUGA